UAAUAAAUAAAAAUAAAUAAAUAAUAUUAACAAAUUAUUUGUUUUCAAAAAUCAAAAAAAAAACAUUAAACGCUUCAAAAUCCCUACAAAUUCACUUCGUCGCGUUGUCCGUCGCUUAAAUCACUUAAAUCUGCUCUUCGUUUCACCUGCGCCGUCAAAGCGCAAUUAUUAAUGCCAAAUUCCAAUAUUCGUUUUGUGCUCAACAUUCGCUUUAGUUACAUUUUACGUUGUGCCCUUGCCAACAUAAUACAACAAACGCAACAACAAUAAUAAUUAGAAUAAUUAUAGAUAACAGUGAUUUAGUGUCGCGCUGGCAAUCAAUGUUGUCAUAGUGUUUGUGCGUGUGUGUGUGUGUUUGCUUUAAAACUGCAUUCUUAAACCAUAAAUUCAUUCAUUAUCUAUCAGCAAGACGCCCGCUUUAAGCUUAAUAUAUGGUAAUGGCAGAGAUUGGUGGCCAUUUGGCUCACCAGCUACCAAAUUUGCACAAUCACACACAAAGUGGAUUACAACCGUCGCUGGUGAUGAAUCAUCACCUGGAAUUGGAUUGCCAUGGACAUGAUGUGAUAAAAAAACAACGUUUAUCACUUUGCGUGGGCUGUGGCGGUCAAAUUCACGAUCAGUACAUCCUGCGUGUCGCCCCCGAUCUGGAAUGGCAUGCGGCAUGCCUCAAGUGUCAGGAAUGCCGACAAUUUCUGGACGAAAGCUGUACGUGUUUUGUGCGUGACGGCAAGACGUACUGUAAGCGUGAUUAUGUUAGGUUAUUUGGUACAAAAUGUGAUAAAUGCGGCAACUCAUUUAGUAAAAAUGACUUUGUGAUGCGCGCAAAAACGAAAAUCUUUCAUAUUGAAUGCUUUCGUUGUUCGGCGUGUGCGAGACAGCUGCUGCCAGGCGAUGAGUUUGCGUUGCGAGAUGGCGGCAUUUUAUAUUGUAAAGAAGAUCAUGAUGUUCUAGAGAAAUCCUCACAAAGUAGUCUAACGUCAUCAUCCAUAGAGAGCAACAACAAUAAUAGUAGUAGUAAUAAUAAUAACACGAGUCUUAGUAAUAAUAAUCAUUCCAGCGAGUUGGGUUCAAUGUCAGAUUCUGGUAGCGAAUCAGGCUCACAUAAAAGUAUUAGGGAAAAAAGGCCUUCGGGUCCAUCGGACGGUAAGCCGACACGGGUGCGAACGGUCUUGAAUGAGAAGCAACUACACACGUUAAGAACCUGCUACAAUGCUAAUCCGCGACCUGAUGCGCUCAUGAAAGAGCAGCUUGUGGAGAUGACUGGUCUAUCGCCACGCGUCAUACGAGUCUGGUUUCAGAACAAACGCUGCAAAGACAAGAAGAAAACCAUACAAAUGAAACUGCAAAUGCAGCAGGAGAAGGAGGGACGAAAGCUCGGCUAUGGCGCCAUGCAGGGCAUACCGAUGAUAGCGAGUUCGCCGGUGCGCCACGAUUCGCCAUUGAAUUUGCAGGGCAUCGAUGUGCAAACAUAUCAGCCGCCAUGGAAGGCCUUAUCCGACUUCGCGCUGCAUGCGGACUUGGACAGCAACGGUGCGAUCAAUACGCACACGCCCGCGUUCCAGCAACUUGUCAAUCAGAUGCACGGUUAUGAUCUCAAUGGCAUGCCGCCGUUGCCGCCGCAUCAACAGCAAGGACCACAUCCGCCACCGCCCGGUCAGCAAAUGAAUGGACCACCCAUUGGCAGCAUGGACUCGGGCAUCACAUCACAUCAUCACCCGGACAGCACUGACUCAUAUGUGACCUAUCUGGAGAGCGAUGACAAGUCCAAACUGGCUUUGACACCAACAUCGUCAAUGUCUUUGUCAAUGUCAUCAUCUUCAUCGCUAUCAUCCGCAUCGACAUCGGCGGCCACCUCAAUCGCUUCGCCACCAUCAGCCUCGAACACGGCCGGUGCACUUUUGGGUAGUGCCGCGGCAGCUGGCGCUAUUGGCGGUCUUGGUGUCGGUGGUGUUGUAGCAGCGGCUUGUGCGCUCAAUCCCGGACUCGCUUUGGGAGGCAUGGCAGUGGGCGGCGGUGGUGGUGGUGGUGUUGUUGGCAGUCUUGGUGUUGGCAACACGGCGAGCUGUGGACAGGCACAGUCUGCUACGGAGCAGUUGAUGCAAAUGUUGCAAAAGGUGACGGCUUCGCCGACGCACGCGGUGCUGUGAAGGAUGUACGAGGAGUUCUGCCGUCAAGCCGGAACUCAGUGAUGCGUGCGCAAAGGGGCAAAUGUGCAAUUUUACGGGGAGCGUAGCAGCAGUUGGUAUGCGGAAGAUGUAGAAAGCAGUUAGACGAAGUGCGUGUGUGACUAGUAGCCAGUGCGAGUAGCGCCUCAUGAGAAAAAUUUUGAGCACGUAGCACCAAUAAAGCUCUCGUAGUGAAAGCUCUGAGUCGCUAAAGAGUCAAAAAGCUGCAGUGUUGGCAUAUUGUAAGACAUUUUGCUGAAAUUUCAACCAAAAAACUGUAUAACGGUUUUUGUGAAAUUUUUUAAUAAAUAUAAAAAACGUUUACCGUUAUUUGUGGAUGAAGUUUUAGUAAAGUGUGUUACAAAAUGCCCACAUUGUCACUAAUCUAAGUAUUGUUACUUUCACUUAUUCAUUGUUGUAUUAUUUUUGCAAAAUUUUAAAGUUUAAUUUUCAAAAAAAAAAAAAUUAAUAAAAUUCAUGUGAAUAGUUUAGAAACUUUCAAAGAAAACUUGCACGUAGGCAUUCAAAAAUGGCUGCAAAUGCAAACGGAAAUGCUCACUCACUUAAAAAGUUCUUUUAUUAAAGCAAAAAAAAUAUUAUUCUUAAAAAUUAAAUAAUUAUUAUUAAUGUAAUUAUUAAACAAAAAAAAAACAAAAACAAGCUGCAACUAAAACCAAAAGCAAAAUAAAUACUUAUAGGGAAUUAGAAGUUUGUAAAAGUAUGAGCAUUCAUAUAUCCUAAAUAACUGUAUAUACUUAUGUAAGUACUUAAUGCAUAAAUUUAGAAAGGACAUAAUUAAACAAAAAUUUAUGAUAAUUAAAUUUCUAGUUAAACUAAACAACAACAAAUAAAUAAAUAAAAACUAAAAAUAAAAAUUAAAUCAAGAAUAGAUGCAACAAGAAAGAGAAUAAUUUGAGAAAAAUACAACCCUGUAAAACAGCAAAAAGCGGUAUGUUAGGCAAACUUGCGGUAAAAA